AUUACUACUUUUCUAUUAGUAUCAAUUGUUGUAUGAUAAAUAGUCUCUUCUUAUACUAUGUUAUGUUAAUAUAUACACACUAUCUAUACAAAUCUGAUAACUUGAAUAAUCGUACUAUUCUUACACUUGCUCAAACUAUAGGUUUUUGCCAUUUUGCAACCUUUUCAGAACCCAAUAAUUCCUAAUUAAAGUAAGUUAUACACACAUGGGUUAAUACAAUUAGCAUGUGAUUUUGGGAUACGAGAUCGUGCGCUCGUUCCCAAAAUAAAAAUUUUUAAACGUGUUUUAUUUUUUUUUUGUUGACUUCCCUAAACAGUCGGCUCUUCUUCCAUCGACGAGUUAAAUUUUUUUUUUUUCACGAUCUCUCAACUAUAAAUUUACAACACUUUUCUUUCUUCUUUUUGAUUUCUUCUUCCUUUCUUUCCUUCUUUACGACGAAUCAAUUGGAAUCAAUCAAUCAAUCACUCGUAUCCAACCCCAUCAAUCAUGUCUGCUCCAGCUCAUAACUAUAAAGUUUCCGACAUCUCCUUAGCUGCCUUUGGUAGAAAAGAUAUUGAAUUAUCUGAAAAUGAAAUGCCAGGUUUAAUGUAUAUUAGAAAAAAGUAUGGUCCAUCCCAACCUUUAAAAGGAGCUAGAAUUGCUGGUUGUUUACAUAUGACCAUUCAAACUGCCGUUCUUAUUGAAACUUUAGUGGCUUUAGGUGCUGAAGUUACUUGGUCUUCAUGUAACAUUUUCUCCACUCAAGAUCAUGCUGCUGCUGCCAUUGCUGCUGCUGGUGUUCCAGUUUUCGCUUGGAAAGGGGAAACUGAAGAAGAAUAUCUUUGGUGUAUUGAACAACAAUUAUUCUCCUUCAAAGAUGGUAAGAAAUUAAACUUAAUCUUGGAUGAUGGUGGUGAUUUAACUUCUUUAGUUCAUGAAAAAUACCCAGAAAUGUUAGAAGAUUGUUUUGGUUUAUCUGAAGAAACUACUACUGGUGUUCAUCAUUUAUAUAAAUCUUUAAGAGAUGGUAAAUUAAAGGUUCCAGCCAUUAAUGUUAAUGAUUCCGUUACCAAAUCUAAAUUCGAUAAUUUAUAUGGUUGUAGAGAAUCUUUAAUCGAUGGUAUUAAAAGAGCCACCGAUGUUAUGAUUGCUGGUAAAGUUGCUGUUGUUGCUGGUUUCGGUGAUGUUGGUAAAGGUUGUGCCAUGGCUUUAAGAGACAUGGGUGCUAGAGUUAUCGUUACUGAAAUUGAUCCAAUUAAUGCUUUACAAGCUGCUGUUUCUGGUUAUCAAGUUGCUCCAUUAGAUGAAGUUGCUUCUAUUGGUCAAAUCUUUGUUACCACUACUGGUUGUAGAGAUAUUAUCACUGGUGUUCAUUUCGAACAAAUGCCAGAAGAUGCCAUUGUUUGUAACAUUGGUCAUUUUGAUAUUGAAAUUGAUGUUGCUUGGUUAAAAGCUAAUGCUGCUUCUGUUGUUAACAUUAAACCUCAAGUUGAUAGAUAUUUAAUGAAAAACGGUCGUCAUCUUAUCUUAUUAGCUGAAGGUAGAUUAGUUAAUUUAGGUUGUGCUACUGGUCAUUCAUCAUUUGUUAUGUCUUGUUCAUUCUCUAAUCAAGUUUUAGCUCAAAUUGCUUUAUAUAAAUCUAAUGAUGAAACUUUCAGAACUACUUACCCAGAAUUUGCUAAAACUGGUCCAUUCGAUGUUGGUGUUCAUUUAUUACCAAAGAUUUUAGAUGAAACUGUUGCUAGAUGUCAUUUAGAUCAUUUAAAUGCCAGAUUAACUACUUUAACUACCGUUCAAUCUGAAUAUUUAGGUAUUCCUCAAGAAGGUCCAUUCAAAGCUGAAAUUUACAGAUAUUAGACACAUCUGUAAUAUUUUCUAAAUCUGCCAAUUUUAUUCAUUCUUCCUUUCUUAUACUUUUUUCCUUAUUAUUUUUAAUGAUAUUAUGUUCUUUUUUUAUCUGCAUCAACUGCAUUUAAUGACUUAUACAUGUUUUUUUACACUCCGAAAGUCAAUCAUUCUUUGAUUGAUCUUCUA